UACACGUGUGUUCUUUUUCAGUCCCUGGAUAAGCUGUUAUCGAGGUGUAAAUACGGCAGAUCCUAAAUCGGCCGUCAUUAAAUCAAAGCUAAAUGGCGCAGGUCUGCGUCAUAAACAUUCCCGAAGGAGCUCGGGGAUCUAACCCAAGCCAUGGCCGAUAAACGGCGACUUUGCCGAGGAAGGUGGGCCCUCCGUCAAGUGGAGGACCGUCUGCAUCCGAUAACACCUUCGGCGGCGACUUUCGAGGCCGGUCAGAGAUUGGUCGCUAUUUGGAGAGCCGAGAGGAACCUUCCCGAGGAGGAGCUCGAGUGCGUCUCGAAGAGGUAGUACGUGUUCCGGCGAGCAGUAAAGUUCCCCUGAAUUUCCCCGCCAUUUACGAGUUCCGCGACUCACGCAUUAAUUACAUUAACAACCGACAUAAAGUUUCCUUGAUUUUCGAGGUACGCGAAGAGGCGCCUCCAAGGUCGAGGAUGACCAGAGGGCGAAGUCUUAUCAUCCCCACCGAAUCCGAGGUCGCAGUGCCAUGAAGACCUCUCUCUGGAACUGGUUCCUCCUCUUCACCAGCUCCCUCUUUGUCUUCUCUCUAUGGCGCUCAGGAAUCCUCACGUGGUCCACGUCGACCGUCCUGGCGAAGGCCUCGAUAGAGGUGGACCUCUCGUUGCCAUCGGCACCUAUCCCUUCUCAACGCGUCUUCAACAAGACCUCUAAAAAGUACCGACCUCGAAGAAAGCACCACCAUGCAGGUUCAAAGUACAUGCUGCGGCUUUACCGUCAUCGCCAGGGCGAGAACUACGACAUAGUCCGAGCCCUAGAGCCAGUGCACGUAUCCUGCCCCAUCUUCGAGGGCCAGGGCAGGAUCCUGGAGUUCUCCAUCCCAAAUUCCAAGCCCGGGGAGUUCCUCCAAACGGCGGAGCUCCUAGGAACCGCCGGCACCAUCUUCAGAGUGAGCUCCAUGGACGAGGUGGCUAAAAAACGGGUCCAGAGGUCCAGAAGAGACGACCACUGGAGAGCAUUCGACGUUACCUGGGCAGUGGCCACGAGGAACGGCGACCUGGUGCGCCUCUUGGUGUUGGGUAAGGUCAGGGCUCGUCGCCAGGACGGGGAAGGUCCGAUCCUCCUUCUGGGAUACAGCAAACCGGGGAAGAGAGCGCCCAGGUCGGUCCCCGAAGAGGACCAGGAAGAGGUCGGCGUCGUCUCCUGGGAGGAGGAGCAUGGAAGACGACGUCGAAGGAACGCUUGUCGACGUCGUCCUCUCUACGUGGACUUCGCCAUGAUCGCUUACGAUGACUGGGUCGUCGCGCCUCCAGGGUACGAGGCUUAUCAGUGCUCUGGGAAGUGCUUCUACCCCUUCGGGGACCAUUUAAGUCCCACCAAACACGCAAUUGUGCAGACUUUGGUACACGGGGCCCUUCAGGGUGGUAAUCCGGGGACCUCGGGACGACCCGUUGGAAGGGCUUGUUGCGUGCCCACCAGGUUGGCUCCCACCAGCUUGCUCUACCUCGACGCAAGUGGCACCCUGACUUAUCAGUACGGGUACGAGGACAUGGUCGUGGCAGAAUGCGGAUGCCGAUAGUUUCUUUUAGAUUUUAGAGUCCUAGGGUCU